CUUUAUUCCAGUGAUUCCCAAACUCUCAUGAGCUUCAUCAAGGGCAAUAUAGGCACAGGUAUGCUUUCCUUACCAGUAGUUUUAAGAUAUUCCGGUCUUUGGUUCCUGCACUCCUUUUUCCCCUGGCUCUGGCUGAACUAUUACUUCGUCGGAUUCAUGAUCUGUCUUAUUCUCGUUCCCAUGUGUUUGUGCAGCGAUAUGCGAGUUUUCGCUUAUUUAUCCACAGUGGCGAACUUAGCCACCAUGUUGGGAACCGUGUUAAUUUUCGCCUUUCUCUUCUACUCGGGCCUCAAACCGAUCACAGUGUUUCCCGCUAUCAAGGAUGCACAAGGUGUUCUAAUCGGUUUCAGUGUGGCCAUGUGCGCCUUUGAAGGAAUAAGUCUGCAACAACAUUUAUCUUUUUGCCCGAAAUCCGAAAGUCAGGAGCCACCAGUACGAAACAAGCCGACGUUCAAUGUUUCUAAUUCCGUGCUCCAACGUCCGGAGGUGCCCACCGCGUAUCUCGUUCCACCCGGCGCGAUAUGA